GCUGUAGAAACCGCGUCCAUGGCGGCGCCCAGACAAGUAUCCAGCCGUAGCGUACUGCGUGAAGAGGCGGGAGGCUCCACGGACUCGCCGGUCACUACGCGCACGCCCGUGCCCGCAGUAUCGCCCGGGUCCCCCGAAAUGCUCGUGUCACCCGCGCAGGUCGCCGAGCCGCCGGGGAAGAACCUAUGGGACCAGAUCUGCGAGGAGUAUGAAGCGGAGCAGCCUACCUUUCCAGAAGGAUAUAAAGUGAAGCAGGAAGCUGCGGUUACAGUGAGCUCUGUCACACCCUUGGAGGAACUGGUUCCUCAUGGCUUCAACAUGGAGCACUACCUCCCCAUGCACCAGUUCCCUGUGAUGCCACCUGUGCCCUGUCCUCCCAAGAAGGCAGAAACAGUCGAGCCCAAGACCUGUUCUCCCAGAGAUUAUCUGGAAAUGUUCAUCUUUCCAGUUCUGCUCCCUGGAAUGGCCAACCUGCUUCACCAAGCAAAGAGAGAAAAAUGUUUUGAGAGGAAGAGAACCAAAUUCAUUGCCUGCGAUUUCCUGACUGAGUGGCUGUACAACCAGAAUCCGAAGAGGGCAGGGGAGUCAUUCACAGAAUUCUUCUCCAUUCCGUUUGUGGAGGAAUGGCUCAAGGACCACCCGCGGCCACCCAUCCCCCUCUCCCUGCUACUGACAGAAGAAGAAGCAGCAGUCAGGAUCCAGGCCUUCUGGAGAGCCUAUCUGGUUCGCUGUGACCCUGAGAUUCAGGAGCUGCGGCAGUGGCAGAAGAAGCUGCGUGAGGACAAGCACAUCCGCCAGCGUGUGAAGAUCUUCUGGGCCAAACAAGAGCAGAAAAUGAGAUGUAAAAUGGAGGAUGAGGAAGUGCCUGCUGCCUCGGUACCAUAUCCUUAGCUGAUGUCAGUCACUCCGUGUGUGAGGAGAUGCAUCCAAUCUGUACUUUCCCUAGUAUGGUGUCUUUAACAAGCCUUAGUGUGGUGGAUACAGAACCCUUUGCACACAAGGUAGGAUUUGUUGCAGAUAAGCUGAAGCAGUUUAGCUUCCUGCCUUACCCCAAAUCUUCUCCACUGUGUCAAAAGCACCCUCUGAGCCGUCACUGUUGACAUGCCUCGUGACCAUGUCCUCUGACACCAGUUUUCCCGCUUUUGCCAAGAUCUAUAUUUUAACUUUACCUCAGAUUUCUGUGUUAGUUUUGCCUUGGUUUGGGGGUGCUGGGAUAACAAAUGGGGCAAGGCUCUAGCACUGAGCUGUUUCCAGCUUGAUAAGAGACAGUUGUGAGCAAGGAUUUCCAUUGUUAAAGCCCCAGAGUAUAAUGGCGCAUCCUAUUAACUUAGUGUCCCAUUGGUUCUGUGGCUGCGGCUCACCAGGGUUCUCCCAGUCAAAAGGCCCCAGACAUGGCUGAAAGCCUCCUCAGUAGGAUCUGACUGACAAGCUACCACGCAUCUUAGGUAAAUAGUAAAGCCUUUAUUUUCUUGUUAAGAACAGCAUUUUGAAAAUAAAACCUAUCUGCCCAUGCUUAACAACCUUUAAAGUCUGUGAUAUUUUAUAUACAGCCCGGUACAUACUGAUUGUCUUGAAAUUUCUCAAACAAUUUUUUGUUUAUAAGUAUGCAAGUCAGCCAGGAUAAGGGGAAGAGUGAGGGUACAUUAUAAAAUACACAUUAAUACAUUUAAUAAAUAUAUAUUAUCUAUCAAAAACGAGCCAUAGCUCUUUAUGAAUAAAGCACCUGCCAAAGGCUCUCAUCAGUUCACAUGGUCACUACAUCCUUGGAUGUGUAAAUGCCAGUGCCCCCUUCUUCUUUGCCAUUUGGCAGAUUCAAAAGACAACCCCUCCCCUCUCCCCUGUCGGCAUUUGUUCACUGGCCUUGACCUCAUCUGUGUGGGGGUAGGGCAGACAACAACCAGAUCUUAACUUUGGAAACAGCCCACACAUUGGAGCCCUUCCCCUCUGCCAUUGUCCCCACUACCUAGGGAACUAACUCCAGACCUCUGUGGAGUCUUCACUCAGGAGGGGACAGAGUGGUUGUUACAGUCUUAAUAUGGUAUUACUACCUGGGCAUGCCAAGUUGUGCUUGCAGUUUGGGGUUAUUCAUAGAUGACUUUCUAGACCAUUUUCCCCAACCAAGUCUUGGGUCUGUCAACUUUUAAACAGGUGCCAUGGGGUUUUCUGUACUUCAUUCAGCCUUGCUGUGUCAGAAGCUGGCUGCCACAGCCUCUGGGUGGAGUUGCCUCGUGGUCCUCUUCAGGUGAACUUGAACUCAGAAUAGUAGUAGAUGUGGCCCUAAUUCUUUUGCUUCCACUUCCGCCCUCCAUGUAAAAACAUUCAGCCCACCCUGAAUCUUAAAGCCAAGAUAAAACAAAGCCCAGAAGUGCAAUAACCUAUCAGGAUUGGAAAGAAAAAAAAGCAAAACUGAAAGACCUCACUAAGCGAGGAGGGUUCCUGUGGCUCAGCGUGGUGGUUCUGUUUUUACAGUGCAGAAAUGCUGUUUUCUGCACAGCCACUUGCACGGUGCGGUGCUCACCUUAUACGUGGACAACAAAGAGCUUAGAGAGAAAACCAUCAAUCAUGUCAGCUUCUCCCUUCUGCAAGGGGGGAUUUGCAGACCGAGUUACUGGUGACAUCAGAAAGCUCCAAAGGACUCCAGAGAGCGGGGGUGGACAGCCACUUCCUGGCACAAGAAUGCGGAGCGCUGACGUUUGUCACCGGACUGGCUAUAGGUGCUCGGAGAUUUCUUUGUAGAAGGCAGGGUAAUGCAUGCAACAGCCCCAGCCCCAGCCCCACGCAGCCCUACCGUUCUUUCCUUCCCACACCUCCUCAGGCCUCUAAGUUCUUAGCCCAUCACUUGAUGGUCCUUAAGCACAAAGGACUGAUUCAAAUUCUCUGGAAGCAAGCACAUGCUCUGGAUGGGGGUGAGGCAUCUCAGGAGGUUGGGGAGGGGUGGCCUUUGGGUGCCAUGCUUUCUGGUUUCCAUGCAUGGUGAUGCACUAGCUGUAAGGAAAACUUGCAGGAGAGCCAAGCUCUGGCCAGAUUGGCCUCACCUCCCUAAGGCUCUACAAGGAUAGGCUAGGGCAGGGAGGGGACACAGCAGAGACUGGGGCCUUGAGAAAAAUCAGAUUUAUUAAAACACUCAGCUCAGAUGUACUGGCUUAAGAAUAGGUCAGUCCCCACCACCACCCCCAAACACUAACCUUUUAAAAAUUUGCUUUCAUUAAAGGUUAAAGGCUUAUGGGUAGUUUUUAUAGAAAAAGCAAUGUAGCGAUUAGAGUGUAUGCAGAGGCCACAACCCUUGUUUAUACAGUCCAUAUGGUCAGGUUCAAACUCAGCAUGGAAAGGUUGCUAGCAAUUACGCUGGCCAAACAGUGCAGAGAACACAGGGCUUUUAAUGGCAGGGAUGCUGGAGAUGCCUAGUGA